AUGACCAAAUAUGGGAGUUUCAAUUCUGCCUCUGAAAAGUUCGUGAAACAGUCUCCUAAUGUCAAGGCCAAGAAUAGAUUUCUUCACACUGAGGAAAUAAAGGAUGGUCCGCAAGAUUUAAAGAUUGAAGAAAUCCCUCCUGCAGGGUUGCUAAUAACGGAGAAAGAGACAGAUAAGCCAAGAAAGGGCUUCCAAGAGUAUGUAUCUACUGUGAGAGAGACAAUUGCAGAGCCCUCUACUCUAUCAACCAUUCACAUAGAUGAAUGGGUAGUUUAUGAUGUAGCUGCUGUUCUUGCGAGGUCAGAUUCUGAGGGCUACCAAAAUGAUAUCCCAGCAACAGAAGUUGAAGAGGUUGCUGCUUCAAAGGUGAAGCUUUGGAGUUUUCUAUAG